CCAUAAAAGGGGCAACAUCCCCCUUUUGAUCGCUGAGAAACUUUUCCCAAAGUGCAGGGAAGAGUUAAGGCUGUGUGGUUCUGAAUACAGCUCUCUUUUGUAGUUACCACCACAUCCUCAUUGGAAGUUUUCCAUCCCUUGGGAGAGGGGGGUGUUUUUGCAGCUUUUGGGGAUUCAGGUCACAGAACCACUUCUAAUAAUUUGUGGGGAGCACCUCUGGAUCUUCACAUCUCGCUAGAAAGGCAAUAGACCUCAUUCUCCAAUAACAGUGAAGUGCUCUUCCCAAACAUACUUCCACUUCUUGAUUCUAGAGAGUGCCUCCCUUGCCUUGCGACCUCUAAUUGUAGCUUGUAUUUACCAACAUGUGUGGAUAGGAUUCCCCAUUUUUUUUAGGCCUCUUGAUAUUUUAGUACAGCCCAGGAUUUUCAUCAGUCCUUCCUCCAUAUCUUGGUUAUAUGGUGAGAUAAAAUUUCAGUGCUCUGUUCUUGGUUAAAUAUUUUUUUUUAUUAACUUAAUCCCAGAAUUCCUGUUUAAAAGUUUUGUGGUUCCACAAGCCCACCUUUUAACAGAAUGAUGUUAUACAACAUUUCUGCUCUCUGUCUAUAGAUUGCUGAGCUUCAAGUCUACUUUCUUAGUCAUUAUCCCUCUUCUUUGUUUAAUGCAAGUACAGUAUUCUAAACUUUUCUGUGCAUGCUAGAGAAAACACACCUUCUUUGAAAUCUUCCCUCAUGUCCCCCACAUUAGCGACUGGAUUAGAGAACUAAUUUCAUCAGCUGCUCAGUCAUCCCACUUUCAGCCAGAGUGUAUCCGUCCCUAAAACCUAUCAAACUGCCCCAAAAUCUACUUCACCCCCUGUUGUACUAACACAGCAUUUUAAAACUAAAGUAGGCCAAGAUACCUCUUUUCUUUCUAAGAUAAUAGAACCUUAAGGGGGGGAAAAAACUACUUAUACAAGAACACUCCUUUGCCGGAGUGCACAAUUUUGCAUGCAUUUAUUUUGCUUGUGCGAUUUGCCCUAAUCCAGUUAUUUUCCCCGAAUAUUCCCCCAGUCCAAAACUCCCUUUUGUAAACCACAACUUGUUUGAAUUCUGGAGUGCUGUUCAGCUCCUCUCCCCAUCUUCCUGUCCAAAAUCAGCGCAUCUUUCACGUACCUCUGCCCUAAUUUGUCUGAUGGCAUUUCAGGAUCCAAACCAUCCCCUUCAAGCUCAGCUUUGCAGCAAUGUUUUUGGGGCAUUGACUGGGUUAAUCCAGCCACCUUUAGCUGCUGGGCUCGGUGGGGGGCAGAAAUAUUAUUGCAAUAAUGGGGUACAGAUAGCUUCCCCCCAGCAACAGCAGACAACACUUGGCAAUGCUAUGAUGGUGGAACCGGAACCAGAUCGACCUAUCGGUUAUGGUGCUUUUGGUGUGGUAUGGUCUGUGACAGAUCCUCGGGAUGGGUCACGCGUUGCACUCAAAAAGAUGCCCAGUGUUUUCCAGAACUUGGUCUCUUGCAAACGGGUCUUCAGAGAAUUGAGAAUGCUCUGUUAUUUCAAGCACGACAAUGUCCUCUCAGCACUGGACAUCCUCCAACCUCCACAGAUUGACUGUUUUGAGGAAAUUUACGUUAUCACUGAACUGAUGCAAAGUGACCUUCACAAAGUCAUAGUUUCUCCACAACCACUCAGCGCCGAUCAUAUCAAGGUCUUUUUGUAUCAGAUCCUCAGGGGGCUAAAAUAUUUGCACUCUGCUGGUGUCCUUCAUCGGGACAUCAAGCCUGGGAAUUUGCUGGUCAACAGCAACUGUGUCCUCAAGAUCUGUGAUUUUGGUUUGGCCCGGGUAGAGGAACCUGACGAGUCCCAGCACAUGACUCAAGAGGUCGUUACUCAAUACUACCGGGCCCCUGAGAUCCUGAUGGGCAGCAGGCAUUAUGGACGGCCAAUCGACAUUUGGUCCGUGGGCUGCAUUUUUGCCGAACUCCUUGGCAGACGUAUCCUCUUCCAGGCCCAGAGCCCAAUUCAGCAGUUGGACCUGAUUACGGAUCUCCUGGGGACUCCUCCCAUUGCUGCCCUCCGUUCAGCCUGUGAGGGAGCCCGUGCCCACAUCCUGCGUGGCAGUCACAAGCCGCCAUCGUUGUCUGUCCUUUACAUGCUCUCUGGAGAAGCGACCCACGAAGCUGUCCAUUUGCUCUGCCGGAUGUUGGUCUUUGAUCCAGCCAAGAGGAUCUCUGCCAAGGAUGCCCUUUCUCAUCCUUACCUAGAUGAGGGGCGACUGAGAUACCACACCUGUAUGUGCACUUGCUGCUUUUCUGUCUCCUCUGGCCGCAUUUACACCAGUGACUUUGAGCCCCGGGCUGACCCCAAGUUUGACGGCUCUUACGAAAAGAACCUCACCUCUGUCUGGCAGGUCAAAGAACUGGUGCACAGGUUUAUCUUGGAACAGCAGCAUGGGAAACGGGUCCCCCUCUGUAUCAACCCCCAGUCAGCUGCCUUCAAAACCUUCAUCCGCUCCACGGCAUGGCACUCUUCCAAGGUGCCCAAAAAGGAAGAGAGAUGAAGCCCCUUGGACGGUCAUGAGGGAAAAGAAAAGCGGAACAAAAGGGAUGAAAAACAGAAGGGACGGCGUUGUUGCUGGGAGAUAAGAGAGAGAUGAGAAAAAGAGGAAGACGCUGCUCCAUCCUGCACUCUUGAAUAUUUUGACUCACGGACAGGCAUUUGGGAAGGGGGGAUGGAGAAAUGUCUGUGUAUUAUUAUUAUUAUUAUUAUUAUUAUUAUUUGGAAGUGGGGAAGUUUGGGAAGGGAUUUUUUUCACUGAGGGAUGUCUUUCCCCUUCCCCUAUUCCUGUACUGCACUGGAAAACUCUGGGUUGUGGGCACGGUCUUUGUGAGUUCCUUCCCUUCUCCCCAACUCUGCACCAGUAUUUCCCCCUUCCCAUAUUUGUGGGGUCUUACCUGGCUACCUUCGAAAAGGGAUGCCCAUGUUGGAAUGAAGGGAAGUUGUUUUCUUGAAAUGAGGUGUGUCUGUUCUUUCUGUUUCAAGAGCCUUAGACCGAUGUUUCUCAACCUUGGCUGCUUGAAGAUGUAUGGACUUCAACUCCCAGAAUUCCCCAGCCAGCCAUGCUGGCUGGGGGAAUCUGGGAGUUGAAAUCCACACAACUGUGGCCAAGGUUGAGAAACACUUCCUUAGACUAAGGAUGGAGGUGUUUCCCCCUAAAUCACCUUCCCCUUAAAAGAUUUCCCAAAGGGGGAUUGGUGGGAGAAAUGAAUGAUAACGCUCAGUUUUCCGAAUCUACCACAGAGGUGCAUGCAUUUCUUGCAACCAAGGGCUGCGCUUAGAGUUGUCUUUUGUCUCCAGGAGCGUCUGGGAAACCUGUGCAACUUUAGGCUUCCAUUUUGGUUUCUUAAACCUCUUGUGGAAGGGGGGAACACUUUUGAGGAAGGUUCUACUAGAAAAGGGCCACACCAAUAAUCAGACCCCUUUAUUUUUUUUCUCCCCUUUCUCCUUCCCACUCCAUCUUCUGUUACCCCAAACAGGCCAAAAGGGCCUAUUGAGUUGAAGUAAACAUUGCUGGAAAGAAAGAUCAGUGGUUUCUCACACACACACAGAUACACACACACAGGGGAAAUUAAAAUUUUGGGAUAAGAUGCCAAAUACUUACUUGGUGUGUGCUUUUGGCCCCUCCAAAACACCUGCUUUCCAGGUUUCCCCUCUCCUGGUGGGACACCUCCUGUCACAAGAAGCGGAUGGUGGCCCUGAACUCUGCUGACACAUUUCUGCUGAAUUUUCAGAAAGUGCUGCUUUUCUUUAAAAAUAGGCAGAGUUUCCUGAAACAUUAAGUUUGGCCUUCAUGCUGGAUUUGGAAUGCCUGUAAGCUCCCCUCCACCCUGCCCUUUCCUGCCUGCAGCCAGAUCAACCUCCUUUCUUUAUUAAAUGUAUCCCUCCAUUAAUUUCACACCCCUUCAAAAAUCUACCUCUUUUCUCCUAGUGGGUUUUUUCCCUGUGUGCAUGUGUUUUGGACACUUGUGUUAUGAAUUUUUUAUUUUGAUUUUGUUGGUGAUUGAUGGCUUCUUUAUUUGCUGGUGCUUCAUCUCUUUUUGUCGGUUACCCGUAUUAAUUUAUGACCGCAGCAGUUUAUAUACUAGUUUAAAUCCUGAGUGUGUGUGUAUAUUUCUUCCUUGUCUCUGAAAAAACUGCAUGAGAGAGGGAAAAAAAAACCACAGAACCAACAACCUGGAAACUUGAACUGUCUUGGCUGUAAUAAUUCCCCCCCUCCCUUUAAUUUAAUUGUGCUCUAUAGUAGCUGAAUUAAAUUUAUGCUGUAUAUUUUU